AUGAAACUAACUGCCCUCCCGGCUCUAGUGGCUGGGCUGCUGCCCAUAGCUGGAGCCGUGCCAGCUCAAAAUACACAAGCAAAAGUUCAGGCUGGCCUUGUGAACGUCACAAUCCCAUCUGGUAUCAUUAUCGGUUCGACAGAUAAUGGAGUGGAGUCAUUCAGAGGCAUCCCUUAUGCGGAUCCACCAACCGGCGACUUGCGCUUCAGACCACCAGUCAGACUUUCGAGACACCUUGGAGAGUUUGAUGCCACCAAAAAACCUGUGGCAUGUCAUCAGGGACCCAUCUACGGCCCAUUUGCCGAUACGCAAAAUGCGGUAGCUACUCUUGCAGAAAUUGGCGUUGCGAGCUCUGUUUUCAAGAACAUCGCCGGUGAUACGCCUGCUGAGUUUGACGAGGACUGUUUGAUAAUCAAUGUUCAACGCCCCGAGGGCGUUAAAGCUGGUGCCAAUCUUCCUGUACUAUUCUGGAUCUAUGGUGGCGGUUUUGUGGGCGGGAGCACCCCUCCGUUUGAUGGCAAAAACUUGAUCGCGACUGGCGUGCAGCUCAAUCAGUCGUUUAUCUAUGUAUCAGUCAAUUAUCGUGUUGGCGGCUGGGGUUUUAUGCCGGGCGAAGAGAUCCAUCGUGAAGGAAGUGGUAAUGCAGGCCUGCGUGACCAACGAAUGGGGCUUGAAUGGGUCGCCGAUAACAUUGCAGAGUUUGGAGGCAACCCAAAGAGAGUCGUAAUCUGGGGGGAGUCUGCUGGUGCCAUUUCGGUGUUUGAUCAGCUUGUUCUGUAUGACGGCAAUGCCACCUAUAAGGGUAAAGAGCUUUUCCAUGGUGCCAUCAUGAACUCUGGCACGGCUCUUCCAACUGAUCCUUUGUAUGGUCCUAAAGGAAAGGCCAUCUAUAAAGCAGUCAUUGAGAAGGCUGGCUGCGAGGGCAAGCCUGAGGGUUCGCUGAAAUGUCUUCGCGAAUUGCACAACGACGACUUUGCCGCUGCAGCCAAUUCGGUUCCCGGUAUCUUUUCAUACCCAUCUCUUGCACUAUCAUAUCUGCCGAGGCCAGAUGACACCGUCUUGACAGACAGCCCGGAUGCACUGGCGAAGAAAGGAAAGUUUCACAAAGUGCCGGUGAUCAUGGGCUCGCAAGAAGAUGAAGGGACAGCCUUUAGCCUGUUCCAGAUAAACAUGGGCACGGAUCAAAGAAUUGUUCAAUAUCUCUCGAAAUAUUACUUUGGUGAUGCUACUAUCGAGCAGGUUAGCGAGUUUGUCGGCACGUACAGCAAUGAAAUUGCUGACGGAAGCCCGUUCCGCAGCAAACUUUUGACCGAGCUCUAUCCAGGCAAGAGGAGGAUUGCUGCCAUUCUUGGCGACAUGGUCUUUGAUCUGAUGCGGCGAAUUACGCUGCGAAUCAUUGCUGAGCAUCACCCAGAAGAACAUUCGUGGUCCUAUCUCUCCUCAUACAACUACAACUUGGGCCUCAGUGCCGUUGGCACCACGCACGGGUCAGAUAUGCCUGUUUUCUUCAACGGCUCUAAUAACAACCUCCCUACAAUCAGUGGCCGGACAUACUACCUCAAUUUUCUCUACAACUUGGAUCCCAAUAACGGCAGCAGAGUAGAUGUACAUUGGCCCCAGUGGAAAGAGGGCCACCAGCUCCUGUGGUAUAAUAAGAACAACAACAGCCUCAGAAGUGAUACUUAUAGGGAGAGAAGUUACGAAUUCAUGUACGAGAACAUCAAUUCUCUACGCUUUUGA